GAUCAAUUGUCGGAUAGGACGAGUCUCGAAUCUCCGGCCGCCGGACUUCCAUACUCCAAGGUGGACUUUUUGUCCCGCUGGACGCCCAGCAGCACCAGGUCAGGAAGAGGUUCUCCAGAUGGAUCAGCAGAACCGGAAGCUGCUCGGUGUGGAGAUGCAGAGAUGCUUCUCAUCCACGCCCAUCAAGUCCCCGCCCACCAGGGAGCAGCGCCACAGUCCUGGAAGCCAUUGUGAAGGCGGCCGUGUUGUUGUGAAGAAGAAAGUGAGGUUUGACGACGGCGAGGACUCCACAUCAGCAGCCGGCGCCGACAUUAAAGAGCCGGAAGGUUCCGACUCGCCGCACGUUUCCCCCAGCGGCCUUCCAAGCUGCUUCCCCGUCCCGUCUGAGCCGGCAUACGACAGACGCUCCUGUCAGGAGGAGGACUGCGAGAGCGACGUCGCCAUCAGCAGCAUCGACUCCUCGCUGACUGAGGACGCAGAUGCGCCGCCGGUCCAAAUCGUGUUUCACGACGAAGACACGUGGAACGACCUUGACGACACGGUGGUCAGAGCGGCUGACCCGGUUUCCACGGGAGCGGCCAAUCAGGAGCCAGAAGCUCCUCCUUCCGAACUCAUGAUGACACUGUUCCCCUCACUCAAGCCAAAGACCCAGAAUCCAACUCUUCCUCCGCCCCCCACCCAGGACAAGAAGACAGACAAGGAGGCCGCAGCAUCCAAACUCUCCGUCUGCCGGUAUGCAGAAGACUUUGGGAACCGGACAGCAGGACGGCAGCACGGUGUGGACGAGUCAGUCAUUGGGCGUUGGAGAGCGGACAUCAUCGGCCUGUGUGUCAAUUCCACACAGGUGAGGGAGAUGGUGACCCAGCUAGAGAUGGCGGCACUGGCCAAGCUCAGACAAGAGAACGAGCAGAUCCUUAAGAGCCUCAGGAUGGAGCGCGAGGCGUUUGAGAAGGAGAGAACAGAGCAUCUGGCUCACUUUCAGUACUACAAGAAAGAAGAAACUAGGAAGCUGCAGAGGGAACGCAAACUUUUUGAAAAACACGCCACGGCCGUGCGAGCCACACCCAACAGGAAAGACCGAACGAAGAUCCAGGCGCUUAAGGAGCAGCUGAGCUCCCUGCAGGAGGAGCUAAGGAAGGAGAGCCGCUGGUGGUGCACACACACUCACCUUCUCCAGCAGAUUGACACACUCAGCCAGGAGAACAUUGAGCUGAAGGACCAAAAAUUGGUCAUGUUGGAGAUGCUUCGUCUCAGAGCAGAGAGGGACACUACAGAAACCAGGAAGAUGCAGAGGGAACGCAAACUGCUGGAGAAGCACGGCGCUGCUGUGCGAGCCAUGCCUGACAAGAACGAACGGGAGGAGAUACAGGCGCUGAAGGAGCAGCUGAGCUCCCUGCUGGAGGAGCUGAGGAAGAAGGAGAGCCGCUGGUCGUGCACGCACACUCGCCUUCGCCAGCAGAUUGACUUUCAGCCAGGAGAAGCUCGAGCUGAAGGACCAAAACGUGACUACUUCAUGAAAGAGGCAGGCGGGUGUACCCCGCCUGUCGCCCGAAUUCAGCUGGGAUAGACUCCAGCAUGACCCUGUGACCCUAAUGAGGAUGAAGCGGUAUAGAAGAUGGAUGGAUGGAUGUUGUUUUCAAUAAAUUACUUUUUCAAAAUGC